AUGGCCUUUGUUUUCCAGCGACUCGAAGCUUACCAAUUUGCCAAUGGUCGAAGACCUUUCCUCAUCCAGAAGUACCGCUCCUGUUUGCAGGGCAAGCUGCAAGCUUCCCUCUCUCCAUCAGGCGGCCGGAGUCCACGGGACAUUGAGAGCGGAGUUGCUCCGUGUGUGACUCUGAUUCCUAUUCUUGAAUCAGUCGAGUCGAGCAAGCCAACGGCCGAAUCCGGCGAGGCCCCCGGUCGCCAGGAUAUGAGCAAGCAAGCAUGGCUAGAAACCUGUGCUGAGCGUCCCAAUCCACCAAGCAAACGAGCUGACAGAUGA